AUGAACGGUUACCGCAAUUCUGCUUUCUCUGCGAGAUCAUUGGCCACCCUGGUCACCGCUGCCCGAAGAAGAAGGAGCUUGGUGAUCAGACCCCCCCGGUAUGGGAGAUUCAUAGUGAGCCGGGAAAAGGGUCCGAGGUUGAACGAGCAGGCGCUGGCUCAGAAUAAGAAGUUCACCUGGUUUCGUUCCUCAGAUCAGGUGAAGGAAACUGCUGGUAAUUGGGGCUCGUCAUCGUAUCAAGCGGGAGAGUUAGUGGUGAAUGCCCGGAUGAAGCACCUCUCCAUCACUGCCGGUGAAGGUAGCUCUGCUCAGUUGAGCCCCAAGGCGAACAUCGCCCCCCCUCCUGCUAGAGAUGUGUUGAUCCGAGAGGAAGGGGAACUUACGGAGCUUGUUGAACCAGUGGCAAAGCGUCCUCGUACUGAGAACACGGUUAAUGUCAGCCCUGAUGCAGGGCAGUGA